UCUUGUAAUUUUCCCUGAAACAUUCAAUUAUUAUGCUCGAUUUCCAUGGGUGUUAGACUUCACAGUCGAGUCUUCUCCAGCGGCGAGGUGCGAGCAGUCGUCCCACCGUUCAACUUCAUUCCAAAGUUAGAUUAUUGGGUAGAUAUCUUCAUCUUCCGGUACCGUCCCUUUCCAUUUUCUAACUGAAACUAUUAGAAAGAAUUGUCGCUCGUGCCUUCUGUUUUACUGUAUUUUGCUGUUACGUGUUUGUCGCUCGUUUUGGUUGAGAGUGAAAUCUGGACUUUGAGCUGCUAGAUCCUGGUUUAUAUAUCUAUAGACUAAUGUCUGUUGUCGUAGCAAUCAUACGGGUUUGCUGGAAUUGAUGAAUGUUUCUUUUCAUUACUCUUACGUAUUUUUGCUUUGUCGAUAAGAUGUUUGUCAAAAAUCCAACUGGUGUCCUCCUCUAUGAAUAACUUCGCCGUGUAAUGCCUUGUCACAUGUAAUUCAGUAAUUCGCAACUGAGACACAGAGUUCCCCUUUCUAUCAUUCUUCUUAGAAAACAUAAGAAAGAGGGAGAUAUGGCUGAAACUGGAAUAAAUUUUGUGAUGGAGACGCUGGAUGCGUUAAAAAGCAGCGGUAAUUAUCUGUCCAUAGAAGAUGAAGUUAAGGAUCUAAUUGCGACUCUUUACGAUAAGCUGGGACUGCUGAGAACCUUCUUUAAGGAACAGGAGGAGGGGUUUUAUCAGAAUGAAAAGGUGAAAUCACUGGAAAUACGAAUUCGAGAAGUGGAAAAUGUGGUAAAAAAGAGGAUCGCCCCAUGCAUCUCCGCACGGUCAAGGGAAGGGGAAAGUACAAUGACGUAUAAUGGCGUCAUCGCUGCUGAUGAGGUUGUUUCCAAGCUCAAAGAACUCCCAUUAAACCUUGACCUUCUCAAACAAGAGAUCGAGGCCAUUGAGACAGAGUUGAAAAAUUAUGAUAAAAUUAUUCAUGACUUGGGGGCCAUACAAAUUGAAAAUGUUUGCAAUAGAGAUUCAUUGAGAGUAAAUGCCUCUGCAUUGCCAGAAGAAAUAGUUGUGGGCUUUAAAGAUGAAGAAAUGACCAUUAGAGAAAAACUUACUAGAGGUCCAAAGGAGCUGCAGGUAAUUUUGAUUCAUGGGAUGGCUGGACAGGGUAAGACCACUCUAGCUAAAAAAGUAUAUAAUGAUCCGCUGGUUGUCUAUCAUUUCUCUCUCCGUGCAUGGAUAAAUGUUUCUCAAGAGUACCAAAAGAGGGAUUUGUUGCUUGGACUUUUAAGUUGUGUUAGUGACCAUGCAAAUGAAAUCAAUCAAAUGAGCGAAGAGAAAUUAGGUGACGAGCUGCGCAAACGCUUAAAACAAAGGAAAUAUUUCAUUGUGAUGGAUGAUGCAUGGGACGGUAGGGUCUGGGUUGAUUUGAAACAAUGUUUGCCAAAUGACAGAAAUGAAAGUAGAAUUUUGUUCACCAGUCGGCAUGAAGCUGUGGCUUGUGCCCAACCUGUUAGCUUUUCUCUUACCCUACCAUUUUUAACUGAUGAUGAAAGUUGGGAAUUGUUCCAACUAAAGGUAUUUCAAAGCGGAACCUGCCCUUUUGAACUAAUGGAAAUAGGGAUGCAAAUAGCCAAGAAGUGUGGGGGACUCCCACUGGCAAUCAUCAUGGUUGCUGGAAUUCUUGCAAAUGAAGAGAAAAGGAAAGAUCGGUGGGAAGAAGUAGAGAAAAUCAUGAAGCAAUGGAUGGGUGGUAAUCUAGAAUUAUGUACGAAAAUCUUUACACUGAGUUACAACCACUUGCCCCGUCACUUGAAACCCUGUUUUCUGUAUUUUGGAGCAUUUCCAGAGGACUCCCAAAUUCCUGUAAGGAAGUUGAUUUGGUUAUGGAUUGCUGAGGGAUUUAUUCAGAAGACCAGAGAGAAAAAAUUGGAGGAUGUGGCGGAAGAGUACUUGAUGAAUUUAAUUUAUAGAAGCCUUAUAAUGGUUUCCAAAAGGGGAUAUGAAGGUCGCACCAAAACCUGCAGUAUCCACGGUUUGUUGCGUGGAUUUUGCCUCGAAAAAGCUAAGGAAGAGAAUUUUCUCCGACAAAUUUCAGGUGUACCAGAAGGUUCCUCAUCUUCUUCAUGUCCGCGUCGUCUGUGCAUUGAUUCAUUAAAGCUCCAGACCGAUAGACUCCCUUCUGUCCUAGAUCCCCACUCAUUCCUGUGCAUUGGCUGUGGAUAUGCUGCUGGAUUACCACCCCUUGCAUUUCUUUUUCAGAGACUCAAACUUCUUAGGGUGUUGGAUGUAAGCUCCAUUCAGCUUGACUCAUAUCCCAAGGAGAUAGAACAACUAGGUUUCUUGAGGUACUUAGCACUAUCCCUCCUCACGGCUUCGCUUCCAGCAUCAAUUUGCAACCUCUGUAAUUUAGAGACACUGAUCAUUUUCGGUACUUGGACAUCUCUUACUUUGCCCAUAGAAAAAAUGGAAAAGCUGAGGCACGUUCUUCUUGAUGGACAAGUGAUAGAUCAAGGUGUGGAAACUCUUCAGGAGGGAACUGUCAAAACUCCCUUACGGAAAUUCCCGGAAUCAUCGCUUCCCUUAAUGGAUAGCCUACAAACUCUCUUAUGGGUAAAUCCAGACCAUUGCCUGUCCAUCUUGAAUAGGGCUCCAAAUCUCAGAAAGCUGGGAAUUCAGGGAAAAAUAGUAACUGCAGAUUCACUCACGUUUCCUCGGUUAACCUUUCUACAGCACCUCCAGAAGCUGAAGUUGUUCAAUACUUCAAAAGUUGGUAAGUCAGUAUAUCUCAGAGGUUACAACUUGCCCAGAAACCUUAAAAGGCUAAGCUUGCAUGGAACUAAUCUGGUUUGGGACGAAAUAUCAAGGUUUGGCAAGUUACUACCCAAACUUGAGGUUCUCAAAUUGUUAGCUGGUGCCUGUAGUGGAUUGUUUUGGGUGACAGGUGAAGUAGAGUUCCCUAAACUCAAGUUCUUGAAAUUUGAAUCUCUUGACAUUGAGUGCUGGAAAGGCUGUAGUAGUCAGUUUCCCAGACUUACGCGGGUAGUGUUGGUUCGAUGUGCAUCUCUCAGGCAGAUCCCAUCUGAUAUAGGAUACAUAACGACACUACAACUGAUUGAGAUACGCUAUUGCAACCAUUCUGUGGCCGAUUCUGCCAGGGAAAUUCAGGAAGAUCAAGAAAGUAUGGGAAACAGUUCCCUGAAGAUUACACUGGAACCCCCAAUUUUCAAGCAGAAUGAAUUUUCCGAAUAAACCCAGAAAACAGCCACGAGGAGGAUGUGAGGAGGUAAAGUUGGAAGUUCUGUUUUGAGCUCAAGUAAUGAGGAAGAUUCAGAGGCAAGCGUGGUUGUUCUCGACGAGAACCCAUCCAAAAGAUCUAGCACCUAUGACGUGAAGACGGUGGACAAAUUGGCGGAUCCUACUUUUCCAGCGCCAUUGCCUGUUGUUAUUUUGAGUUCAAGCGAUAGGAAAAUACCCAAGCAAGUGUAAUUGUUCUUGGAGGGGUGACUUGCAGAACCCAUCAAAAAGAUCUAGCACCAAUGAUAUGGAGGUGGUGGACAAAGUGGUGGAUCCACAUGCUUUUCCAGUUCCUUUGCUUGGUUUUAGGGGAAUUGUAAUAGUAAACUAUCAUUUAAACUCAUUUGUGUAGGCACAUCGUUUGCUGAUUCUGGGUUUAAAUCCAUAUCCAUCCGUUC